CUAAACAAUAUGCAUUCACUACUAUAACACAUCCCACUAAACCAAUUCCUAGUACAUAGAAGCACUUCCCACCCCUUAACCAGCACCAUUCUCUUCAUAAAACUACAAUUACUCUACCGACACAUAUCUUCAUUCAUAAACACUUUAAAAACAUCUCAAUGAAAUGCUUCUCUUAUUUGUUACAAUGACUCCUUCAAUAACCACUUUCAAAUUAAUCAUCGUCUUUUUCUUCUUGUGCACCCCUCUUGAUGUUAGUAGUGUUGUCUAUCCAAGUUAAAUUUCCUGUGUGGAUUAAGGCACGUGACCAAAAUUUGCUACGUCAAAAUCAUCUCUAGUAACUUGAGUUACAGUCAAAAUCACCACAUACUACACAACUACCUUUGUGGGCGCAUGAGGAAGAGACAACGAAAUCAUACGAAUUACACGUGAUACUGAUACUUCUACAUCGUUCGCGAUGAAUCCCCCAGAGAGGAUUCGACCGACAACUUCAAGGAGAAGAAGACGGGUGAUCAUUGAAGACGACGAUGAGGGACAUCAUGAUAAUGUGACUAUGUAUCAACAUGAGGAGCCUUCUAUAUUGCAUGAGGAGGAGGUGGUACAUGAGCAGGUGAAUGUACAUGAGCAGGAAGAGGCUGCACCUACUCAUGAAGAAGAGCAUAUGGAGGAGGGGCAUGCUGGAGCUGAGGGACCUGGUGAGCUCACGCAGUAUCCUAGAGGACCUUAUGAUUCGUCUGUCCUUACACGAUACCGUUUUCAUGUUUCAGCUAGACUAUGGUUUGGUGAGGAGCGACCAUUGUUGAAAACUGUUGCGCAUGGAAAGAAAAUGAAACAAUUUACUCUGUCGGUACUUCCGCGAUCCAUAGAGAACUGGGUGAAUUUGUCAGGUUUGAACCCGUUACAACGGGGUAGUUUGAAGAUGAUCGACAACAACCUGAUAUCUGCAUUUGCUGAAAGAUGGCAUUCUGAGACAUCGUCAUUUCACAUGUCAUUUGGUGAAAUGACGAUUACGUUAGAUGAUGUUGCUAAUCUUUUGGGAUUGCCGAUUAGGGGUGAGUUCUAUAGUCCAUCCGAUGUAGAUAGAGUAACGGCAUGUAAUCUUGUCGUCACUCUAUUAGGAGUGACCACAACAGAGAUCUGGGAGGAGACCAUGAAGACUAGAGGUGCGCACUAUAGUCUGGAUUGGUUGAAGAAGGUCUUCAAAAGGCAGUGUGCAGCAGAGAGAUUUGACUGUGCUGCUAGGGCAUAUCUGUUGAAUUUAGUAAGGAGUACUAUUUUCGCGGAUAAGAGUCAUACUCUAGUUGAUGCGAAGUAUCUUCCUUUAUUCAGAUAUUUAGACGGUACAGAUAAAUAUGCAUGGGGUACUGCUGCACUCGUGGUGAUUUAUGACUAACUCUCAGAUGUCUGCUGUUACGACACCAAACAGUUAGGUGGAUAUAUGACGCUGCUUCAGGUGUUACUGGUCAAGGGUUCAUAUCAAAAGAUAUUUCUUUCAAAAACAAAACAAGGUCUGUAUGUUUGAAUGUUGUAGCAUUACGAUCAAUCUGGUUAUCAAGACAAAUUUCAAAAUUGUCAAAUAUUGGUAGAAAAGAAAAAGGAUUACCAAAACAAAGUAACACCAUCAUAGCUCAAGGAGGAAAAUAUAUAUUGGAAGACCCUCAAAGGCAUAUUCUAAAAUAAUAUUCAUGCAAUCUUACAGGAAUAAUAUGUUGAAGCCAAAAGGGUAGUUAGAAUGGAAUGGUUCCCAAUAUAAGGACAAGGAGCUAGCCUACAAAAUUGUGUAAAAUGGAGAGGAUACCAUGUCCUAAAUGAUUAUUCAUAGUCAAGCUAUUAACUUCUUUGUAGCCAAAAAUAUUAUGGGAAGCUAUGGUUACCUUCAACAAGUGUACCAUUCAUUCCUGGGUACGAUGUUCUAAUUGAUCAUAGACUCUUAGUCAAGCUAUUAACUUCUUUGUAGCCAGUAAAGAUUAUAGGAACCUAUGGUUAUCUUCAACAAAUGUACCAUUUACUUGUGAGUUUGAAAAUCAAAACACUACUAUGGGAAAAUGAUAACAGUUUAUGUAAUUAUAAUAUAAUUGUACAAAUGA